GUGUUUUUACACGCUGUUGAUCAAUCCAGAAGUCGAAAUCUACAUGGGUUUCCAGGAUAGACACCUUGAAGAUGUGCCAUUUUUGAAUCACGUGAUUGUCUUUAUGAUAGCGGCAUCAACAACAAUAAAUAUGGAACAAGGUGGCGAAGUUCGGGUUGGGGGGGAAAUCCUGGCGCUCACCUCCACGCCUCAGACGCUUCACGGCGUGGAGCUCUUCAAGGACGACACUGGAGUGACUCUCAAGACGCCUACAACCAAUACGAUGGUCCAUUUUGAUGGGGACACCGCACAAGUGACGGGACAACAUGCAGCACAAACUGGCGUGUGUGGCAACACUGAGACUGACGCUCCAUCCCUAACCACCCUGGGGGAAUCGGUCAACUCGGAUCAUUCUUCGGCUGGCUGCGAUGUUCCACAGAGCACAGACGUGGCCAGCACGGUGGACUGCAGCGCCUCAGAUGCAUCCUGUGAUCUAAUGUCUCAGGCCCCCUUCACUGAUUGCGGAAACCUUGACCCAGCGCCCUUCAUAACCGCAUGCAAAAGCACCGCGUGCAAAUACGCAGCGGACGAGCGACCAGUGGACUUUCCUGCCUGCCAGUACAUGGAGGCGUACGCCAAGGCCUGUAAACUGAAUACUGGCGUCACACUGGGGGCCUGGAGGUCAACGGCCGGCUGCUCUACUACCCGUCUGGCCUCCUGUCUGAGCCAGGACUGCAGUGAUCAUGAGUUCUGUGCCGGUGAACCUGGCUGCUUCUGUCGGGCCUCAUUCGACCAUCCAAGAGACAAAAUAGCACUCAUCACCGACAUGCAAGGUGUCUCGGGACACCGGUGGCGCUCGUUCAGCAUGUUGAUUGUGUCAACGGAGAAGAACGACACCACUUUGAUCUACAAGAACACGAUCAUGAUGGGAACCAACUCCUUGACUGACCUCAUCACCCGCACACAAUUGGUGGAUAUCGACUUCUCCUGCAAUGUCAAACAGCCAGAUGUCAAGAGUAUCACUUUUAAGAUCAAAUACAGCUCUGUGUUUCAGCGCAUUGAAAAUGGAGUUGUGAACUACUCUCUGAAGAUGAGCGCCUUCACCGACGCCGGCUUCUUGGAACCAGUCGAGAGCAGCACUGAAAUCGAGCUGAACCAGAGGGUCUGGCUGAGGAUCGAGACGCAGGACCUGGACGACGCAAUGAUCGCCGUGGUGACCGACUCCUGCUGGGUAACCAGCGCCGCGGACCCUACCAGUAGUCCAUCAUACGACCUGAUUAAAGACGGAUGCCCGAACCCCGCUGACGCGACGGUGGAGAUGGAGGGAAACGGACUGGGAGUGUCCAACUCCUUCUCUUUCCUCAUGUUUGAGUAUGCAGCUGACAAUACGGGGGUAAAUCCUGGAAUCUACCUGCACUGCAAAGUGCAGCUGUACCCCAAGGAACCCUCCAGCAUUCCGAAUUGCGGUGCCUCCUCAAGGAAACGCAGAUCUGCCAGGCCUGGAUAUGCACAGGGAGGCCACGCCCUCAUCAGCAUGGUCUGGAAUAAUUAGGUGAAGACAGCUCCCCCUUUCGAUCAUGGUGAUUCCUGAUUUAAACUGGAGCUUAAAAUGGAAUAUAAUCUUUGGUGAAACAAUAAAAGUGAAGAGUGCAAUGAAGAAUAUUAUAUGAAUAAGGGUUUAAAGGGUUUAAUUUACCAUAUGCACUACUUCUUGGUACUGUGGGUUAUUUUGGAAUAUAUAUACAAUUCCUUCUGUAAUGUACUGUUCGCUACUUUAAGUGUGAACAGCCUGAAUGUUACUGGAAACAGAAAGAGAAUAUCUGUGUUCGUCGAUUUGAGUUACACAAAAUGAAGCUAUCCAGUUAAGGGGAUAGUCUCCAGGUGAAUAUGGGUAACUAAACAAUAUCCCCAUCGCCAAAUGAUUACUUACAAUAAGACAAUAAUUUGUUAUAUUAGUAAAUUAGUUAUUAUCUAAAGGUUACUUUUUGUGAAUGUAUGAGUAAUCAACUUACACAAACAGACAAAGUAGUAGAAUAAACACCUAAAUGUACUUUUAAUAUUUUCUUUCCAUUCGUCUGAAAGACAAAAUACCCUAAAAUCUAAAAAUGUAUCAGUGCAUUAAAAACAAUGUAAUGCCUGUAAUGUCUCCCCUUAAAAUUGUUGCUGUAAUUACACUGAGGCAAGCUGCUGUACCAUGAUUAUGCAUUAUUAGUGUGAUGAGCAAAAUAAAAAUAAUAAUAUUAUAAUAAUGGGUGA